AUGGGGAGGCACAAGAAGAGAGAUCCAUCCCCCCUCCAGCAGCUCGAGCAGCUUCAGCCCUUCAAAGCCGCUGAGAAGCGGUUCAAGCGCUACCAGGGCCUCCGCACCGACUUCUCAGACGUCCUCAGGUUCCGACGCGAGCUGACCCAGGGGCCGCAAGACGUGGAGGCUCAUGCUGUACCGGGGCGCGAAGGACUCUUCGUCUUCCCUGGUCUGCUCUCGGCCUCGGAGCAGAUCUCCCUCCUCGAGCGAUGCCUCAAGGUCUACCCCCGUCCUCCCCACAAGUCAAACCUGCUGCCGCUGCAUGGGCGUGUGAGUUCUGCCGACGGGCUGAAGAUCGACGACCCAUGGGCACAAGAGCAGCUGGUCGCUCAGCUGUCUUGGGUGACGCUCGGCUAUCAGUACGACUGGACCGCAAGAAGGUACCCUGAGGAAGAGAAGUUUCCGGUCCCUCAAGUGCGCAGCCCCAGCACGAGGACGGAGCCUCUGAUCAGGAUGCAGGAGAUUUGUGCACUCGUGGAUGAGGUCUCGAGCCGGAUGAAGAGGAAGCAGAUCGUGCCUGAAGCCGUCAUAGUCAACUACUACUCGCACUCCCGCACGCUCGGGGGGCACCUGGAUGACGUGGAACCAGAUCAGGAAAGCCCCAUCAUCAGCAUCAGCCUGGGCUGCUCUGCUGUGUUCCUCGCUGGCGGCCGGACCAAAGACGAGGAGCCAAUACCUCUUCUUCUCCGCAGUGGAGAUGUGAUGGUCAUGUCGGGCGAGUCGAGGAGGUGCUAUCAUGGAGUUCCGAGGAUUCUCAGUUGGGGUGAGCUGAACCACGCGCUCAAUGCUCUUCUCAUGAGCGUCCUCGUCGCAGAAGAAGAAAAGGCUUACUUCCCAGAGGCCCAGCAGCUCGUCUCUCCCGCCGACCUCAAGUACCCCUUCCUCUGGGGAUCGCCAGGACUGUGA